AUGGAAAGCCACGCCACUAGAGUCCCAGAGGGAUGGACCUGUGAUCCGGACGACCUGCAGAGGUUCUUUAACCCCGGAACCGCGGAGUGGGAGAUCGCCCAGUACUACGGGCUGACUGACCCCAGACUGGUACUUAUGCAGACUCCUAAUAGCGGUGAAAUGGGGUACAUUCUCCUUUCCAAAGGACGAUACUAUGGUGGGGACUUGAUGUCGGAUUCUAUGUUCGAGAUAACAAGGCCUGAGACCUUACGUGGAAUUAUGCGCGCCAUUGGUGAAGAGGACUUUCAAGGUCUCAGAAAGAAGGAACUCAAACCUAUGGAGUUGACGAUGGAGGAAUGUACCCAGGGCGCUGAGGGUAUUUGA